AUGAAUGAAACUCACGCAUUGAACACACGUGCGAAUCACGUGACCCACCGGUCACAACACAUGUGUCCAAACAUGGGAUCAAUUGGCGGUGACUUUCGGGCCCUUUCGCGAAGACAGUUGUACUCAAUGAUCAAUGAGUUGCGACGGGAGAACAGCCGGGUGAAGACGGACUUAGCCAGGUCCAAUUUGUUGACACAUAAGUGCCUGAAAUACGUGAAUUGUUUGCAAACAAAUCCCAAAUUCAUUGAUUACGAGUUACGCAAAGAGAUUAACACAUUGAACGUGAUUAACCCGGUGAAAUUAAUUGGCAAUCAAACGACCGGCGAAUUGAAUGUAAUGAAAUCAGUUGGCAAUCAAGCGAUCAGCGAAUCCAAUGUCAAAAAGUUAUCACACGAAGAACUCGAAGACAAUACAAGCGAUGAAUCGCGAGAAAACACCAGUGAUUUGACAGAAAACUACGGAUCAUAUGUCGCCCAAGAAGUCACUCCCAAACGGAUCCGCGCUAAGCGAGUGUUGGACAGCGACGGGACACCGGUUGCCAUCUUUGGCGGCCAAUCGACUCCCAAACGACAACAAACACACUAUUUGUCAGACAUCACCAACGAUUGCGGGCCCACACCUGACCCGCGA